UAUUACACUUCCGGUAAUUCUUCUGUUCAACGUGUGGCUAUGUUUGUUUACGGUUGUAAAUCUUCCGUUUUUCCAAGUUGUUUUGCAAGUCAAAUACUAUCGAAAAGAAGAAUCUAUCAAAUGAGUCUAGCUCUAGCAGCUGGGAGAGUAAGGUAAAGUUAUGCCAACAUCCUGUGCAGCAUAUAAAUGUACACGUCGAAGUGACAGAAAAGCACGUGAGCAAGGCAUCACAUUUCACUGUUUUCCUAAGGAUUUGAAACGAAGAAAAGAGUGGGCAUAUGCCCUCAAGUACCAAGUGAAUGGUAAAAUUUGGGUACCAGAGCAUAAAACCUAUCUGUGUAGUGAGCAUUUUACAGAAGAAUGUUUUGACCGUACUGGACAAACGACACGUCUUAGAGAUGGUGCUGUUCCAUCGAUCUUUGAUUUUCCACAACAUAUGAAAAAAAAGGUGAGUGUUAGUGGUCAACGCCGCCGGGAAAAACAGCAGUUGAAGAAUGCAACAAAAUCCAUGACUUCUGUUCCAAAAUGCAAAACUUUGACAACCAUUGGAUCUAGUCAGAAAGUACUUGAUAUACCAGACAGUACACUUACUGCUAACCUGUCUGAAGCAGCUGCAAACAAUAAGCUUACAUUGGCUUCAAAGGAUAAUACAUCUGUAAAUAAUAUUGUUUGUAAAGAUCUAAAUGCCAAAAAGUCAGCUAUGGGAUGUGAAAGCAACAAUGUAUCAACAAUACAAAAUUCAUCACUUCCUGUAGCAGUGUCCCCAAAUUUGUCUAUGUCUUCAAACUUGUUACAAGAAGUGAAGUCUUGUAAGAAACAGAAGCAGAUUUGUGCAACAUCUCAGAUUUCACCAACGAUUAGAGAAGAUUCUUCCAGUCAACAUGAAAAAGUGUCCGGUAAACUUCAGAAUAGUGAUGAUAGAAAUGAGCAGCCACAACGACUGAAGAAGGUGUACAUUGUUGCAAGUCAUCCACGCAGUAUGUUGCACAACCUUGCAUUGCUUUGGAAAGAUGGAAAAUUCUGUGAUGCUGGCAUUGGUAAUGAGAAUGCUACAAUAAUGGUUCACAAGGUAGUCUUGUUGGCAAUGUGUCCUAAACUGCUUUCCAUGCCAAGUGCUGAUAUAUCUUCAAGUCAAUUCCUGCGGGUCAAUUUCCCUAAAAGGAUCAGCCAGCUUGCUCUGGAUGCUUUUGCUGAUUACAUGUAUAAUGGUAUUCUAGAUGUUGACCCACAGAUCUUGACUCAGUUGCGAACAGUUGCUGUCUGUUUGGAGAUGGAAGAACUAAAGUUACUCUGUGACACUCAUUUGUCCAAACUUAAGUCACCAAGGGUACCAACCACUUGUGAGUCAAAUGUUGCUGUUGAUACUGUCAAUGAGACACUAUCUUGGACUUGCUGCAGUGAUACCAAAUCUUCAUCACCAAGUGUUCAGUCAACACUUGGUGUAAAACUUUCAACUACUGAACCUCUCUCAACUUCCUCUUCCUGGAUGCUGUCUCCUGAGAAUCCUGUUCCUGUCUCUGACCAAUUUGAAGAGAAUCAUUCACCAUCUAGCUAUCUACCAUCUCUUACUACUGUCACUCAGCCUGGUGUUACAAUGAUGGAUGUGAGUGCAGAGAAUUCUGAUACUAAUCCAAUUGUUAUCUCUAACCCAGAUACUCAAACUGAUGACAUGAAUUGCACCACCUCUGAUCCAGAUGUUUCUAAUAUUAAUACAAGUGUUCCUGUCAGGGAUUCAAAUGCUGUAACAGGUGUUAUUGAUUCAACUGCUGCUGUGAAUAAUCUUGGUGUUGUUAUCUCUGGUUUGGAUGUGCCAGUCAGUGAAGCAUCAAGUGUCACUAUUACGAACUCUGGUGUCACUGUUACUGAUCUAGGUGUUGUUAUUAAUAACCUCAACCUCCCAAUCACUGAUCUCUGUGUCCCAGUUACAGACUUAGGUAUUGCUGUCACUCAUGCAGAUGUUACUGAUCUUGGCACCUCAAUUACUCAUCCAGGUGUUAUUGAUCCAUGUGACUCAAUCAAAAACCUAAAUUUCUCAGUUGCUAAUUCAUGUAUUAAUGUCACUGCUCCACAUGUUACUGUUACUACUUCUAAUGACAAUGAUGUCAAUCAAGAUUCCAUUGUGACCAAUCUCACUGUUCCAGUUGUUGAUGUCAUCAAUCCAGUUGAUAAUCCAACUGAUCCAAGUGAAAAUGUUACUGGAUCAGAAUCAAGUAUUACUCAUCAAGACGUUGGUGUCUCUGAUCCUGAUACAAAUAUCAUCAAUCCUAGCACCAGCAUCACUAAUUCAGGUACUAACAUCACCAACCUACAGGUAAAUGUAUGUCAUCCUGCUACUGUUACCAAUAUGAUUACAAAUGAUAUUGAUCUCGAAACUAAUGUUGUUGAUCCAGGUGCUGUUAUUCACUAACUCCAGCCAGUUGCUUGUAAGCAACUACCUGUUGAGGUAACCUAUGAAAUACUUGACAGCAGCUUACAUACCCUUUCAACUGGACAUACUUCAAUCUCGUCUGGACCACACCAUACACAGUGGCUGGUUGUGUGACAUGCAAUGUGACAGUCAGAGUAUGUUAAUAAUGUGCAGUGUGACAGUUAGAAUGUGAUACUAAGUAAUAUCAGUUACCUCUGCUCAAAUAAAUCUAUGGUAUGGAGAAGUGGCUGAUCAGCUGUUAGGAGUAGCUGGCAGGACUUGUAUCAUUGAUAUAUUGAACAUCAGUUUCUAUACAGUGCAGUGUUUGGUUAUGUGGCUGUAAAGAAUAGUGUUUAGAACAUGUCUUCUUUUUAUAAAAAAAAUUUUAUGAUUUAGUUGGAAGAGGAAGGAUUGUACCAAUGACUUUCAGGGCCUUUGAGACUGAUAGGAAUAAGUUAUUCUCAGACUAGGGAUUUGGCUUGAAAAAUUGCAUCUGAGUGGACUCUACUAAAAGCAUCUCUGGGCUUUGUGGUGCAGUUAAACUGAGUGACAGAUUAAGUCUACAAUUGCAAAACAAGAAUGAUCCUGUUGAUGGGUUUUUGCACAGUUUCCACAUACCAAAUUUCACUUGCAAUAUUUUGGUUAAUAUGAAGUUAUGACGGAAGACACUUAAGGCAUCAUGUGGUGAGAUGGAACUCCAGACCACAAAGUUGUGAAACAAGUUUAUUUACAAUUAUUAUUACUGGAUUUGGCAUUGAAUUAUUAAAAAUACUGUGGUAUUUACAAUAGUUAUGCAUAGAAUGAAGUUGGUGACUGUAUUGGGAUUUGUAGGGGCUUAAUAUGUACAGUAUUAUUUGUUUAGGCUUCAACAAGUAGAAAAGCACUCAAUCAGCUAAGAGAGUGAAGAUAAUGUUAUAAUAAAAGACCAGAAAUCUUGUUAAAUACAGCUACCCAGGGUUUCUUGGUUGAAAUAAUGUAUUUUGCCAUUUUCCUAACUGAGAACAAGACCAUUUGUCAGUUGUCUUUUGAGCAGAUGACAUAAGUAUAUGGAAAUGUAAUUGAAGUAGAUCAGUAUGCAUGGAAGGUAGACAUUAAACGAUGACGAUGAUGUGUAUGUUACAUAGCAUUUUAGGCUUAGGCAACAAAUCCUUUCACUAUCCUCAGACAAUGUACUACUAGGUUUGCUCUUAUCCUCACUAAUCUUUUCCAUUUUUCCAUGUUUAUGAUGAUCUACCUCUGCCUGUGGAAACAUACAAUCAUGUAUUCUAUCCUCAUAAGGAACAAUCUUUUCCUCUGCCAACAACCCACUCUUUGCUUUUAGGUUAAUCAAGAAAGAAGUAGUGGCCAUAAUCAUUUCAGACCCAAAUCAAACUGGUGAGACUAAUGUGGUGAUGUUUCAGUUUGAACUUCUGUUGGUCAGUAGCUGCAUAAGAAAAAAAUGUGGAGAAACCAUGAGUCUGGUUUGAAUUGAUAGAAACAAUGGGACAUUUUUCUGUCACACAUGUUAUCAACCUGAACAACUUUUUAAACAUUCAUGAUUUUUAACUUAAUAAGACAAUUUGAUUCUGUGCUAAUUUAUUAUGGUAUGUGGAUUAAGCAUUGCAAGAACCAUAGUUUUAGGUACUUCCAAAUUGGCUGACAAAUAUUUUGCAAUUUAAGUUAAUCGAAUUUCUUAUACAUUGAAAAUAAAGUCCUUUGCCCUUUU